AUGGGACAAUCAUCUAGUAGUGAGAAUAAUCAUAAAACUUCAAUAAAUUUACAGCUAUCGAGGGCCGAGGUUAAUGAGUUGUUUCAAGCAAGAUGUCUACAAUUGCUUACACCAAAAACGUUAAGUUUUGUCAAAUCUUUUUUGAAGCAGAGUUCGAAUGAUCCAGCAGCAAGUACACAUUUAUCAUCAGCAAGGGUAGUCGAAUGGAAUCUCAAUGGUUUUGAAGUAGACUCACGGGCUCGCGAUGAACUCAAGGCGGCUGUCAAUAUACUAUUUCGUAUAAUGAAAUACAUUGGCCAAUUCCCAUUUCCCAAGUUGAGCAGUAAAGACGAUAGCGAGAUCAUAUCUUUAACAGUGCAAGAGUUUGUUAUAGCAUCGGUAUUUAUUAGUGGGCGCUAUAGGAAGCUUUUUGGCAACGAUAAUGGUGAAAUUAUUUGGAAAUUCUUGUUCAUUGCUCUUUCCCACCAAUCGGAUAUGAAUUUUUUCGAAGAUGAUCUGGAUCACCUGUUUACAAUUCCACUCAAAUAUCCUAUUGAAGAUGGAGACAGUAUUGCUAUUAAGGCGCAGAAAGUUGAUUGGGGCGGUUUGGAGAUUAUAAAGAAGUUGAGCAAUUUGGAUAUGAAUCAGCUACAGUUACAACCAAGCCUCUUUCUAAAUCUUACUACAUUAUUUUUGCUCACAGAAUCUAUACCAAAUCAAAAACAUAAUAAGAUGCAUGACCAAUUUGUUCACAACUUGACGACAUGGAAAGAUUUUCGCAAGUACUCUCUCGAUUUGUUAAGAUAUAUGAACAACGACUUGUCUAAAGAUGAUUUGAACAGUCAAACUUUGAGCUGGUCCGAGUUUUCACUGGGAAUGAAUAACUUACUUGCCCCAUUUGUUGAAGUCAAUUUGAGAAAAGUUGUUGAAAACAAUGUAUUGAACAUUUCUUUACCGUUUUUUGAGACAUCAGCAAAUAGCAAAAUGGAUGGUACUGGGGAUGAAGUUCCAAAUGGAGCCACAACCGGAACCAAAACCACUAUGAAAGAAAAUGAGGGAGCUGGAGUUGAAGCUCAAAGUAAAGAGGAAACCAAGGUAGGUAAUGAUGUUGAAUCGUCUUUUGGAUCUAAAUUGGUUUCUAUUUCGCUAAUUGCUUACAUCUCAUCCAUGCUCCGAGGAAUAGGAAGUACAAUUGAAGUGACAAGAUUCAACGCGAUAAAGCUUUUUGCUGGUCUGGAAGCUGGGUUCUCGAUAAGAUCUCUUGAAAACAAAAUAUACAAAUGGCACGCUCCAACUUUGCUAUUUGUUAGCGGGAAAAGGAUUAAACAGAGGACCAUUGAUACCAAUCGUAGAUAUCAAGAAUUUGACGAGACGUAUCCCAAAUUUUUUCAAGCAAACGAGGAUUUGUUAAAAUCAUGGCAAUAUACCAAUGAUCGGAUCACGUAUUGCGUUCUAAUUAACCAGCCUUGGCAGAACUCCAACAAGAAAAAUUUUGGAGAUGAAAAAUCUCUCAUACUCUCCCUUGAACCUAGAGCUGACUACUACACGAGUUUACACAGUGAAAUUCUUAAAGGACAGCUGAUAUAUUUCAAUAAUUCUGGUAUGGGGCUCGGAUUUGGAAAUGCACAACCAUUGAACAAAAGUAAUAAUAAAAAGUAUUACCCGGGCGAUGUUUCUUUAACCAUAGAAUCCAACCUAGAAUUUGCUGUUUUCCGCCACUUAGGAUCUCUGAGCACCAAUGCCACAACUUACUUCAACAGGUCUAGACUGCCAAGUACAGUAGCCCAUGAAGAUUUUGAGGACCGAUUUUUGAUCACAGAUUUGGAAGUCUGGGGUAUUGGAUCAAAAAAAGAACUAGAGGAGCAGCAAAGGCAGUGGAAAUGGGAAGAGCAACAAGCAGAAGCUCGCCAAAGUGUGAAUAUACGUAACAUGGGUGAGGAAAGGGCAUUUUUGGAAAUGGCUGGGUUGGUGGGAAAUAACGGUAGCGGCGGAUCUUUAUAA